AUGGCUUCCGACGACUCAAGACUCGUCACUGAGAUAUGGGACAACAUUUGUUCUUUUCUCACACCGCCUACCCUGUCAAAUCUCCGUCUCACGUCUCACAGACUCAAUGACAUCGCGCGACCAUGGAAAUACAGAAGCUUCCGUCUCGAAGCAUUCGCUCCGUCAUCAGUUGAGCGAUUUAUCCAGAUCGCCAAGAUCCCCGAACUACGCAGCUUAGUCCGUGAAAUCACAAUUGAUACGCGCAUUGACUUUGACUUUGAGUAUCUCUGCAACGACUCAUUCAACUUCCCAAUAGCCUUCAUGAAUGCGCUCCCCCAUUUACGCUUCUUCACCAACGUUACAGCGCUUCAUAUUCGCUUCGAAGAGCACUGUGGCGAAGAUGAUCGUUACUACCAAAGUAUUGAAGAAACGUUUGAGUUUCGGUACCGAGUCCUUGAUACUAUUCUUCACUGCGCCUCGGGUUUGUGGACGCUGGAGAAGCAGAUCAAGAUCGAUGAGGUGAUGGAGGGGUAUCUCUAUUUUGAGGACGAUGAGCAACUGGACUAUAGUGAUCAGGAUCUUGAGUUUACUCACGACAAGCCGUUCCCUCUGAAGGAGCUGACGAUCACGCAUCUUGCGGAUUAUGAUGACCCCAAUCUCAAUGUCUCUGAGGCUUGGAAGAGGAUAAUCUCUCUACCAAGUCUCGUCGACUUGAGGCUUUUCGUCACAACAGAGGAGUGCGACGCUUCACCUGAAAGUACGAUUCACUAUGUCGAGAAGUACGAUUUCUUCGGCAACCUGCACAACUCAUGGCUCUCACCUAACAUCACGGAUCAUUUGCGUGUACUGUCCUUGUACUUCAAAGACUAUUGGGGCUGGUUUCCCAUUAUGGAUUUUCGAAACAUUGGGGAAGACUCGCCAUUCCCUCAACUCAAGGUUCUUACGCUUGGGAACUACGUCUUCACUCAUGAGUGGCAGAUCGAGUGGUUUGCGAAGCUCGGCAAAGAGAAUGGCAGCCGGGGGUUGGUAGAAUUGUAUCUUGAUGAUUGUCCGAUUCUGUAUCAUGCUCGUCAGCUUCGUAUCGGAAACGAUGGGUAUGCCGAUCAUACAGCCCAUACAGCGCAAGGUGGUACAGGACGAGGAUGGAACCCUAUCAAGCGCGACUUUCCGAUCCGAUGGCAUCAGAUCCUCUCCCAAUGGAGGGAUUCAAUGAAGGGGCUGAAGACACUCCGAGUUGGUCAUGGAUGUUGGUGGGAUUGUCCCAAGGAUACUCGCCAGGCGAUUCUAGAAGACUCUGAUUACAAGGACAUCGACUUGCAAGCUAUGGAUCACCGCCUCACGCGAAACCAGCACCGAGACUUUGCCUGUCCUGCCCCUACUGACGAAGAGUACUGGGACAGGGAGAACACCUGGGUUUCUGAGAAGCAUAGAUAUGGCACGGGUAUUGAUGAUCAGAGAACGAGUCGAAUGCAGUACAUCGAGUACAAUUGUGGUCUCGGGCCUUCUCCGUGGUUGGAGAAGAAUUCGCGGUAUGACUGUGAUGAGGAGGGGUUUGCGCCGGAGAAGGGGACGUUGGAGAAGGAUAAUGCUGCGUGGGAUAUGAUUAUGGCUGCUACUCGAGCGAGACGUCAGGGUCUUACUGGUUGA